AUGGCCAAAGCUCUUCACAUUACCAUCAUUCUCUUCCUCAUUUCCUCCAAUCUCCUCGCGUUUAUCAACUCCGCUAGACUUCUCGAUCAAAUCCAACCACAGCCUCAGUUGGUCCCUACCGGCCAAAUCCCCACCGUGGCUCCAACCGAAGCUGAGGAAGAUGACGGAACCGACGAUAUCCCACCAAUCACAACCACACCCGCAACAUCAAUUACAGUCCCGGCCGGUCCAGCAGGGGCUACAGCUGGUGGACAUGAGCCAUUACUAGAGUUCUUUAUGCACGACGUGCUAGGCGGGUCACAUCCAUCGGCUCGUGUGGUCACCGGAAUAGUAGCUCAAACCGAGGUGAACGGAAUACCCUUCUCAAAAGCCAGCAACAGCAUUUUCCCAGUUGACAAUGGAGUCCCACUGGUCAACUCAAACAACAUCAACAGUGUCAUUAACCCAAACACAGCUCCACUUCUCACCGGACUCGGCGGCGCUCAAACCUCCACAGUGAUACAAAACACUAACGGCAAUUCCAAUGAUGCUCUUAGCUCCAACAGUCUUCCCUUUGUAACCGCUGGAAACCUCCCUCCUGGUGCUGCUCUCCAGCAUCUUAUGUUCGGAACCAUAACUGUUGUAGACGAUGAGCUAACCGAAAGCCACGAGCUUGGAUCAGCCGUUAUAGGGAGGGCUCAAGGCUUUUACUUGGCCAGUUCCUUGGACGGGACAAGCCAAACGCUUUCACUGACCGUACUGCUACAUGGAGAGCACGAUCAUCAUGACACUUUAGACGAUGCCAUUAGCUUCUUUGGGGUUCAUCGGACCGCCUCUCAUGCUUCUCAGAUCGCGGUUAUUGGCGGGACUGGGAAGUUCGAGCACGCCAAAGGGUAUGCCAUUGUGGAAACUCUGCAUAACCAGCAGAAUCAGCAAAUCACUGAUGGUCAAGACACCAUCCUCCAUUUUAGUGUAUACCUCACCUACAAAGUUUGA